GGCCCAUGCUCCUCCUUUCCGCCAUCUUGCUGAAAAUGGUGUACAAACGGUUUGUGGAGAUCGGCCGUGUGGCCUUUGUGCGCUUCGGACAGGACGAGGGCAAGCUGUGUGCCGUGGUCGACAUUGUAGACCAGAACAGGGCUCUCGUCGAUGGCCCCAACAUCCGCCGCCAGGCUGUCAGCUUCAAGUUCCUCCAUCUGACCGGGGUCGUGAUCAACAUCGGACACGGCUGCGGCACGACCGCCGUGAAGAAGGCGUGGGAGAAAGAGGGCGUGGAGGAGAAGUGGCGCCAGUCCACCUGGUACAAGAAGCUCCAGAUGAAGGCCACGAGAAGACAGCUCUCUGACUUUGACCGCUUCAAGUUGAUGAAGGUCAAGCAAAGGCGUUCCUGGCUGAUUAAGAUGGAGAUGGGCCGUCUGAAGAAGGCGCAGAAGAAGUGAACAGUACCAGGUCCAGAAAAUCUGCCGUAGACGCAAAUAAAAUCUUACUAAAAACAUA